UGGGAUCUUCUUCAGCCGCCCUCAACAUGACGCUCAAGAUUGUCCUGCUGUUCGCCCUCGUGGCCGCCACCCUCGCUCGCCCCGAUACACCCAGGCCCUCCUACAACGCUCCUGCUCCCUCUUACAACGCUCCUGCACCUUCCUACAGCGCCCCCGCCCCCGAGGCGCCGCCCAAGUAUGACUACAACUACGCCGUCAAGGACGAGUACUCUGGCAACGACUUUGGUGCUCAGGAGGCGCGCGACGGCUACGACACUCAGGGAUCCUACUACGUGCAGCUGCCCGACGGCCGCCUGCAGAAGGUCACCUACACCGUCAAAGGCGACUCAGGCUUCGUGGCCGAGGUGACCUACGAGGGCGAGGCCCAGUACCCCCAGCAGAGCUACGCCCCCGCCCCUGCCCCCUCCUACGGCCCCACCCCGGCGCCCUCUUACGGCCCCACCCCGGCGCCCUCCUACAGACCAGCGCCCACCCCACCAGCCUACCAUUUUAUGCUGCGGUUCACCAAUAAACUGGCAAUUUCUCGCCAUCUUCCCCAUGCAGCUGCUACUCUCGCCCUUACUGCUCUCUCUACACCCGCUUCACAGUCCAACAUAUCUCCCAAUAUAAUAAGGCGGCGCGUCCCUCUCGGUCAUCACUUGGGAUCUUCUUCAGCCGCCCUCAACAUGACGCUCAAGGUUGUCCUGCUGUCCGCCCUCCUGGCCGCAACCUUUGCCCGCCCCGACACACUCAGGCCUUCUUACGGCGCCCCCGCGCCCUCCUACAGCGCCCCUGCCCCCGAGGCGCCCCCCAAGUAUGACUACAACUACGCCGUCAAGGACGAGUACUCUGGCAACGACUUCGGUGCCCAGGAGGCGCGCGACGGCUACGACACCCAGGGAUCUUACUACGUGCAGCUGCCCGACGGCCGACUGCAGAAGGUCACCUACACCGUCAACGGCGACUCAGGCUUCGUGGCCGAGGUGACCUAUGAGGGCGAGGCCCAGUACCCCCAGCAGAGCUACGCCUCCGCCCCGGCCCCCUCCUAUGGCCCCGCCCCGGCCCCCUCCUACAAGCCAGCACCCACCCCACCAGCCUACCAUAUAAUAAGGCGGCGCGUCCCUCUCGGUCAUCACUUGGGAUCUUCUUCAGCCGCCCUCAACAUGACGCUCAAGGUUGUCCUGCUGUCCGCCCUCCUGGCCGCCACCUUUGCCCGCCCCGACACACUCAGGCCUUCUUACGGCGCCCCCGCCCCCUCCUACAGCGCCCCUGCCCCCGAGGCGCCCCCCAAGUAUGACUACAACUACGCCGUCAAGGACGAGUACUCUGGCAACGACUUCGGUGCCCAGGAGGCGCGCGACGGCUACGACACCCAGGGAUCCUACUACGUGCAGCUGCCCGACGGCCGCCUGCAGAAGGUCACCUACACCGUCAACGGCGACUCAGGCUUCGUGGCCGAGGUAACCUAUGAGGGCGAGGCCCAGUAUCCCCAGCAGAGCUACGCCCCCGCUCCGGCCCCCUCCUAUGGCCCCGCCCCGGCCCCCUCCUACAAGCCAGCGCCCACCCCACCAGCCUACCAGUGACCAUCCCUUACGAGGCACUGAGGGUGAACUUCAUUAUUUAUUGCCACACACGACACAAAUGUCACGUACAUGAAUAAAACCAUUUCAUAGA